AGAGCUGGAGGACAAACAGAGCACGCUAGAGAUGGAACUGAGACAAUACGAGCUGGAUGGUAAGUUGCCCUACACAAACAGAGCACGCUAGAGAUGGAACUGAGACAAUACGAGCUGGAUGGUAAGUUGCCCUACACAAACAGAGCACGCUAGAGAUGGAACUGAGACAAUACGAGCUGGAUGGUAAGUUGCCCUACACAAACAGAGCACGCUAGAGAUGGAACUGAGACAAUACGAGCUGGAUGAUUCUGAGAAGUCUGUGGAGCAGCAGGCAGAAGAGGAGCGUGUGCUGCAGGAUAUGCUGGAGGUGGUGGACAUGAGGAACUCUCUGGUGGCCUUCCUAGACGAGAAGAGACUACAAGAGACGGAGACUGAUGAGCAGCAGUCCACCUCGCUGCUAGAGGUCAAGAGACACUCUACAGCCUCAGCUGGGGCACAGGUGUACUGGGCGUGAGGGUGACACAUACAGGUACCCCCACUGUCACACACACACACACACACACACAUGAAUACAUGUGCAGUUACAUACACACUUAAAUAUAUUAGUAGAGACUUGCUGCUUACAGACACACCCAUAAUGUUGCAUUUGCGAAGCCAAAGAUGUAUUGGUGAAGGUAUUUCUCCACAAGUGUUGUGCUCAGUGUUGAGGUACAGUAUACUGACCAGAGGCAACGACACAGACCCUGGCCUGGAUAACUGGCUGUCCUUCCUGGCCUGUCCCCAUGGGCAGUCCAUCCGCAGUCAAGGCAGUCCUGCUCCAGCAGCAGCCCCAGGAUAGAGACCACCACAGCCAGCUGAACUCACACCAACCUCACUGAGGACCUGCUGACAAUACAAAGCCAAGGACCCAAAGUCGCAUGUUUUUAACACAUGGUGGAUUGUGGAGAUAUUAUAUUCUGUGGGUUGGACAGUAUUGUUUCAAAUGGAUUCUGGAUUCAUGUUCAUUUAUUUUGGUAAACCUAAAUCAGCUAGUUCUGCUAAGCACAAAGGUAAUGAGAUUAUCGCAAUUCUACUUUUCUAUAAUGUAGUGACAAAAUUAGAUACAAAAAAAAUUGGGCCAUAAAAAUGUGUUUUGAAAUGUCCUUAUUUUCCAUGAAAACAUACAUGAAAUAAGUUUGAAAAAUGAACAGGAAAUAUAGUCAAGGUGUUGACAAGGUUAUAAAUAAUGAUUUUUAAUUGAAAUAAUAAU